AAUGUUUGCUUCCGAUAGGUUUUACUUUAUGAUGCGAUUCAAGAUACAGCGACAAUAAUGUACCUCAAGCGUAACAUCAAACAAACUGAUUGGAAGUGGAUCACCAUAUUCCUACUAUUCUACUUUUUCAAACUGGUUGAAUCCUUAAGGGAUACGCAUUUAGCUAUCACAAACAGUCAAUGUGGAAAAACAUACAGUAUGUCAUGGCGGAAGUCUGCAUAUCUUGAGUAUUAUGGGUCUGUAAUACUGUCAAGUAGCCCGUGCUCAAUAGAAUUCACAAAUGAGGAGACUACUGAUUAUAUUCUAUGUAUUUCUACGCUGGAAAUUUCCAUAAAUUGUGGCACUGAACUAGAGUUUCAUGAACACUAUGUAAAAAGUUAUUUCACCCCAGAGAAAAGAAUACUUUGCCACAAUGCAACAGUAAAUGAAUGGUGCAGCAGCGAAUAUGUUCAAAAUGUUUUCGUGGUAAUACGAAAACCUUCUACCGUAUCAUCUGACUAUAUUAGAUUACGAGUGGUCCGGAAAGAGAGGUCUGGUGGUUUCUGGCGCUCGGGUUUAAACAUAUUUCUCGUUGCGUUAGCCCCUGCUGUGUUAAUUUGUAUAGUGUCAAGUAUUGUUUGUACUUGCUGGCUGAGAAAAAAGAAAAGAGAAAGAAGAGAUGGAGUAGUACAAUAUCAGACGUCGUCUGCAGCUGUCGUACUUCCUAGCACAUAUUUAAACACAUUAUACCAGCCUUCAUCCGUCAACCAGUCGGAUCAUCCAGUAUCUAGGACCAAUCAAUUACCAGCAAGUUACCAAAUUCAUGCUAUGCAAAUAGCAACACCUAUCUACCACGGUAGCCAACAACCUGAUAGUAACCAACCUUUGAUACAGCCAACAGCACCGCCACCUAACGAAGAUGCCCCACCGUGUUAUGAGAGCCUGAUGACAGGGUAAAAUAUGGUUUUGAUGUAGAAAAUAACUACACAUAUGGAAAAUUUGGACUGAUAAAUGUAUGAAGAAUUCAAAUUGUAUUUUCCUCAUGACUUGUAUGAGUCAUAAUUAAAAAAAGAUAAUGUAAAAGAUUAAUUUAUUUAAGCUUGAUACCAAUUUACAUAAUAAAUUGUAUAUACAUGUAUAUGCUUUGUUAACAAGCUAUUAUUUUAAUUGUAUGAGAAAUUGAAUAGCUAUUGUACACCCCGGUUGUCUUUGUUAAAUUUUAUAAGCUUUUUGUUAAUAUUGUUAAUGUUAUAUCUAAAUAACUUGGACUCUGCAGUGUUUUUGCGUUCUGUCUAUAUGUGUAGGUUUUGCACAAUUUUUUAUUUAGUUCUUUCGAGACACGUGCAUUUCAUGAUGGAAAUAAAAGGUACCAGCCGGCUAUAAAAUAUUUAGUAAUCAAUACAUGUACAAGCCACUGUCCAUGCCUCUGGCACUAGCUUCAGCAGAGUUCGACAGUUGAAUAUGAAAAUGGUGUAACUAAGAACGCAGCAAUUACAUCUGCAUGUAUUCGAAGACUCUUUCGGAAAUGAAUUAUAUGUUAGUUAAAACUACCAUUUGGAAUAUAUAUGUCCGUUGUGUUUGGAAUUCUGCAUUUUUGUCCUGGUCUUAAGUGUCUUACACGAAUGCAUUGUGAUAUUUUACUUGUUCCAAAACUAUUGUUAUUUUAUUCCAAGUGUUCUUAAUACUAGUAAUCGCUUUUUGUAUUUAAAUGCAUUAAAAUUUUGUAUACUUGU